AUGGCCCCCAAUCAGAAGAGUCACCCAGAACCAGCAUUUUAUUCGUCUGAUGCCGGUAGACCGGAAAUCGACGAGUACGAUCAGGACCUGGUUAUCAGCGGAGAAGAACCACCUGAACCCGGUGCGACUGAUAAACCAGUCCGCUUUCUCACCUACUUCUCGGUCUUCGAUCCAAGACACCAUUCCGAAAUGGUGUCGAUCGCGGAAUUGGAGGAAGUAGACGCGACAAAAGACCGGGAUUUCGUCGCUACUGGAUUCGUUAGCGCCUUCGUGGAGGGGGAUGAUGAAGAUGAAGGAGAGGACGAAGAGAAGGAGGCGGGAAUGCCAUUCGUGAGGCUGGGGUCCCUCUUCAGGUAUUAUCUUGAUGCCGAAAACGACGCUGUUUGGCUAGAGACGGCGCAGGCAUGGUAUAUUCUCCAGGAACCUUCACCUGGAUAUGGCCCUUUUUUUCAGCAUUUCCGCCACUAUACGGCCGCUCAGCCAGCAGGAUCGUCUCCACCCCCCUCUCGUUCCGCGAAAGCUCGAGCUCUCAAUAUUGAUUCUUUCGUACUGCUAUCAGAGAAUCAAACCCCCACUCAUGUUACCCCUCUCAUCGCACAACUAGCCGGAACUAGUUUUGGUGACGGCCUUGUCGUAAUCGGUCCUCGGCUCCCGCCCCCGUCAAAGGAAGAAGAAGACUGGCGCCAAAGGAAGGAAUUGGCUAAGGUCAGGUCUCUGAUAAGAAAGGCACAUCAGAUUGAUGAGCGACGGCGUAAGAAAAGCAUGUACCGGAUGGACAAGGACAAUAGCUGGUUGAGUGCUAUUGAUCUUGACGGUGAUUCAUUCAAGGUUGGCGAUAUUGUUCUUGUAGUACCAGGUGAAGGAAAAGAGGUGAAAACACUUCCAUUACCACUGGAUGUCCAGGAUGUACCACUCGACGCAACUAUUGCAACCUAUUUCUGGUUUGCACGAAUCAUCUCCCUUAGUGCCGAAGAUGACCUUGCACAUCUUCGGUGGUUUGAACAUGGUUCCUAUACAGUCAUGGAGGAAUUUGCAAACCCCCAGCAAUUGUACCUCAAUGAUUUGUGCAGCUCAGUUGACAUUAACUGUCUGAUUGAGACUGUCAAUGUUCACUACCAGCCUUCCAGCCGAAUACCACCACAGGAUUAUUUCUAUAGUUCAAAAUACCAACAUGAGACAGCAACAGUUAUUGCUGUUGAUAACUUGGCUGAAGACACUGCAGCUGCACAACUACCACCUGAAAACUGUUUUGUGUGCAUGAUGGCAAGAGAGAAGGAAGAUGGGAAGGAGAUUCGACGCCUUGAAACACCACCUGGUGUUGCAUACUUGGGGCAUACAUAUCAUGAAGGUGACUUCGUUGAAGUUCUUUCAGAAGGUCCAUCUGGCCUCUGUGAUAUUGGGCAAGUUGUCAGCUUUUUCGAGAAAAGCAAUCAAGUUUUUGCAUGUAUACGCUGCUUUGGGCGUAUUUCCAGCCUUGUUCACAUUCAAGAUUUUCCACCGAACUAUGUCAAGGAUGAGAAGGAACUUUUUGCCAGUGAUGAGAAAAAGGAUGUCUCUGUAACAUCCUUCAUUCAGCCAUGUAUUGUCCUUCCGCCACAUGAAGGGUUUGCCAUACUCAAGUGGCACGACUUCAUCAGCAAUUCCCCUCAUCGCUUUUAUGUCCGCUACUGCUUCUCAUCCCUUCAUCCUGCGUCAUGGACAGAGGGCCAGAUAGAUAACUGGUGGGAACGUCGGCUUGAGGGAGGAGCUGUGCGAAGUGACUUGUACUCCAAUUUUGUGGAUGCACAACUUCAAACUCAAUUACGAACCUUGGAUCUUUUUGGAGGAUGUGGUGCAUUCAGUGCUGGCAUGACCCAGGGGGCCGCCUUCAUUGAAGUGACACAUGCAGUAGAGAUUUCUCCAAGUGCAGCCCAAACAUUCAUGGGACAUUCCUCUGAAGUGAAGAUGUACAACAAUUGCGCCAAUCUCAUCUUACACUACUUCAUCAAAGACAGUGAGGGGCAUGGGUUGGAGACACCAACCCAGCUUUUUGAUGGCAAAACACCAGUUCCUGCUCCUCUCAAGCCCGAAGAUAUUGACAUGAUGACCAUUGGGUUUCCCUGUCAGUCACAUUCUGGGCUUAACAAGUUCAAGAAAGUGAAUGACCCCCGAAGUAAUUUGAUUUUGACUGCAUUGUCUUAUAUUGACUUUCUGCGGCCAAAAUACUGUUACUUUGAAAAUGUUCGGGGGUUUCUCCAGUUCAACAUCAAAGCAGAGCAGGCAGGCAAGCACGCUGUAGCAGGUGGCAUUGACAUGGGUGGGCUCAAGUUUUUGCUUAGAGCAUUGGAUGAACUUGGAUACCAAUAUCAUUUUGCUUUACUUCAAGCAGCUCAUUAUGGAACACCACAGCAACGAGUCCGCUUCUUCAUCAUUGCUGCUCAAAUGGGUAAUCCUUUACCAGGCUUUCCUCAACCUUCUCAUUAUUUCCCUUCCAACGACUCUCUCACCAUCAAUUGUCCAAUUGGAAUCAAGAUAUCUCCAAUUAUACAAACUGUAGGCUCAUAUGUACAUCCAUUCGUCACUGUUGGUGAUGCAAUCUCUGAUCUACCACGCUUUGACUGGAAACACCCUGAUCCUGACAAGAUUACUGCUGAAGAUCAUGAACGAAGGCGGUUAGGUAUUCCUGCCUUACCAUGCUGGAAAACAGAGCCAUGGUGUGGACCAACUGGACAUGAAGCUGCCUACUUUCAUCCUGCAAGGACCACAUUCCAAGUUCAGUGUCGCCUCAAUGAACCGUCAAACCUUCAGCAGUAUACAAAGGUAUUCAUUCCAGCUACUGUUGCACGAGUGAUAAGUAUACCAUUAUGGGCCAAAGCUGAUUACCGAGAUUUGCCUGUGGAUAUGCAUGAAUGGCAAACCUCAAAUCCAGUAUCAGCCAUUGCAAAGAGUGGCUAUAAAGCAGGCUUAUAUGGCCGUUUAGAUCAAGACAGAUGGUUUUCCACAACCAUAACAAACAUCAAUCCCACAGCAAAACAAAGCAAAGUGCUAAAUCCCUAUUGUAAGCGGAUGGUCACUGUCCGGGAGCUCGCAAGAUCCCAAGGAUUUCCUGAUGACUUUGAAUUCCAGGCCAUUGGCAAUAACAUCAUCACUAUGCACCGACAAAUUGGCAAUGCUGUUCCGUGGCCACUAUCAAGAGCAUUAGGGCAGGAGUUGGGCAAGGCACUGUAUAACAAAUGGCUUGCGGAUAGACGAAAUGCCAUCAUAGUAUCCCUUGACUCUCCCUAG